GACCUCAGAAGCAUUUGAGAGCAACAGACCAUGUAGAUUCUUUGGGAUGCCUUUACAAGAAGAACCCAUAGGCCCAAACAUUGUCAUUCAGGGAAGAACUCAUCUGAAUCCUGGACAAUGCUGGGCCUUUGCAGGAUUCCCAGGACGUUUAUCCGUCCGACUGUCCCAUAAAGCCACUGUCACUCAUGUGUCGCUGGGUCAUAUUCCUAAAAUGAUAUCCCCAUCUUCCACAGUCUCCAGUGCUCCGAGGGAAUUCUUUGUCUAUGGAAAGAAGGACAUAAACGAUGAGGAGAGUUUCUUGGGAGCUUUCCAAUAUGAAGAAGAUGGCAGCAGGAUACAAACCUUCAAAAUUCCUGAUUAUAAAAUUGACUCCUUCACCCAUGUGAGCCUACAGCCAGUCAGCCUCGGCAGAUGGCUGUUCAUCCUGAGCCUGGUUCUGCUGGAGGUUUCUUCCUUUUAAAGGGAGUUAUCCUCUCCACUGUUGCCUUGUGCUUGCUCAGGAUGGGGGAUCCCUUGGAUUAAACAUCCAUCGCGAUCGGCUGGUGACCCCUCCGCAGAAUCGCCACCUUAACGUGGUGGAGGGGUUUGAGUAUCCCUAUGAACCAGAUGGAGAUUUUGUCUUGAGGUUCAGCCUUUAGUGAGGUUUCUCGGGACAGGAUGCCAUUGGGGAGGGAUCAGACUAAGAGCGAUUCAAGAUUUUCAGUGAAGGACUACCAAAGGGAUCAGGCAGUUAGGAAAUGGACAGGAUAGAAUAUUUCUUCCUGUGAUUUCUUUGAGAUUUUUCUUGCACUUCCUUCCUUACUUAGAUAUUUUCUCUGUAUGGAUGACCAUGUGUGUGUGUUUGUUCUUGGCAGUUUAAAUAAACUCAUGGUAAGUCUGUCUAACUUCCAGUGCAAUCUUGAUAAAACCUAUCAAAAUUGCAGGUUAUCUAUCAAGAUCCUGAUAGA